AUGCGAAUCUGCACAUUCACCAGACAUCAUCGCCUAGCAAAACUCGCGGCUGCUCUUAUAGCCGGUUACCUCUUCUGUACAUAUGUCCUCCAAAAUGGCACAGAAUUUGUCCAAUCUGAAUGCGAGGUUGUUGAGCCAAACACUAUAUUUUCGGUAUCGUCAUUAAAUCAUUCAAAAUCCUUCCGCUUUUGGCGCAUGCCUGGUUCCGAAAAAACGUUGCUAGAUGAUGACGCAUACAGCACUCCCGACAACAUAGCUGAAUCGCUGAAACGCAUAGCCAACAUGCAUAAGAUGUCCAGUGUUAACUGUCACGCACUAUUCAACGACGUACAAAGGGAUAUAGAACACGCAAAGAGGACAAAUGAAAAGAUACGCACUCCAUUAGAUGAUUGCUCAUAUUUGCCUUUAACUGUUGAUUGCAGGACUUUUGUGGCUUCCCGUGGAUAUAUUCUCUCGCCUUUAACCGAGGAGGAAGAAGAAUUUCCUCUUUCGUUCUCAGUACUGGCAUAUAAGGACGUUGAGAUGGUGGAAAGACUUCUGAAGGCCAUAUAUAGCCCCCAAAAUUAUUAUUGUAUUCACAUAGACGAAAAGUCGCCGCAUUCCUUCUACCAGUCCGUGGCUUCCAUUGCUAAAUGUUUUCCUAAUGUGUUCAUCGCUAGUCGAAGGAUAGAUGUUCGGUGGGGCUGGUUUAGUGUGUUGGAGCCCGAGCUUCAGUGUAUGAAAGAGCUGUGGAGAUACCCCAAGUGGAAAUAUUUCUUCACCCUGACAGGCCAAGAGUUUCCAUUGAAGACCAACUUUGAACUGGUGAAGAUUCUGACUGUUUAUGACGGAGCUAACGACAUCGAAGGAACGAUUAGGAAGGAUUUCGUUGGCUACAUACUGCAUAAUAAAACUGCUAAAGAAAUUCUGCACUGGGCUAAGACGUACACAUUUGUUCCGGACGAAACUUACUUUGCCACUCUUAACUACAACCCGCAGUUGGGAAUCAGAGGCGCUUACAAAGGUGAACCGGAAACUGACGAUGUCAUCAACCCCUUUCUCACACGCUUCAAAAACUGGGGUAGAUUUCAAUGCGCCAGCGGACAAUUCGUUCGAAAUAUAUGCAUUCUGACUUUAGGUAAUAAUUAUUAUUAUUUUGUUUUUUUUUUUUUAAAGCUGUAUUACCAAACAUCAAAAAUAACAAUUAUGUGUCCUCUUCACAAUUAA